CCUUAGUAAACAUUUAAACAAAAAAAUUCUAAUAGUAGAAAAAAUUAUUUAUUUUUAAAAAAAUCUCAAAUACAAUGCUUGAAAGUCAGCGAACGCUUUUAUUAGCGGAAGCAGAUCCAUCAAGUGCUCUGGAAUGUGAACGCACACGACUUAAACUGGACAUUCGAUUACUUAAUAAAGAUGACAUUUUAGAAGUCAAGGACCUAUUUCAAGAUUCCUUUCCAAUUACAUAUCCAAAUUCAUGGUAUCAAGAUAUAACGAGCAAUUCUCAACGAUUUAUUAAUUUAGCUGCAAUUUAUGAAUAUAAAAUUGUUGGAAUCAUUGUCGGUGAAGUAAAAAAAUGGAAUAAUUUAAACAAAGAUGACAAAUUAAUUCUGUCAAAUACCAUGGCUAGGAAAUCGUCGAUUGCUUAUAUUUUAUCAUUAGCAAUUGAUCGAAAAUUUCGUCGAAAUGGAAUUGGAUCACUUCUUGUUGACACUUUUAUAAAUGAGCUUCGAUCAAGAGAGAAAUCUAUAAAAGUUUGCUACCUUCACACCCUAUCAACAAAUUUAAGUGCUAUAUUAUUUUAUGAAAAACACAAUUUUCACUGUUUUUCUUUCCUACCACAUUAUUAUUCAAUAAAUGGAAAGUCAAAAGAUGCAUUUGUCAUGUUACGUGUCGAUAAAGUCGGAAAUGAGGAGAAAAAUACUAUAUUUAAUGUUUUAGGCUAUUAUGUUAGAGAAUGUUGUAUGAGAUUUUAUAGUAUAAAUAUAUUUAGAUGGAUGCAUACAAAUUUUAGAUUACUGAUUAAUUGGAUAAGUUAUAAUACUAUGUCAAAGUUGCAUUUUCCACAAUAAAAAAAGAAUUUAUUUUAUGUUACAACAUUUUUGUUUAUUU